CACUCUAUGUACUGUUUGUUAUGUUUGCCUCAUUCUAUGAAAGAAUGGUAUUGAGAAAUUCAUCUUUGAAGAAAAUUUCAACUGUGGGGAAAAUAUUGGAAGCUUUCUCUUUCUACAAAAAUUGGAAAAGACUGAUGUCGAUACCCACAAGUCCCGACCACAUAAAGCUACGACCUUUGCAAGGAAUGAGAUUCUAUACAAUGUUUUGUAUAGUUAUGUCUCAUACACUACUGGGCAUAUUUUCUGGACCAAUAUCUAACACACGUUACACAGAAGACAUGACGAAAAAAUUCUUGAACAUGAUGGUGGCCAACGGUUGGUACAUAGUACAAUCGUUUUUUGUUAUAUCCGGAUUUUUGACAGCGUACAACUUUUUCGACAUGAAAUUGAAGAAAAAAACUUUGUCAAACUCAUUCUUCCCGUGGGCCAUAUUUCUUAGAUAUAUCAGAAUUGUUCCUGCGAUGUUCGUAGUGAUGGCCCUUCACAGCACAUGGUUAGUUCAUACAUUUAAUGGGCCGUAUUGGGAUGAGUUUGUGGGUCAUGAAUACAGAAAUUGUCGAAAUAAUUGGUGGGCAAAUAUUUUACUAGUGAACAAUCACGUGAAUUUACCUGAAAUAUGUAUGCAGCAUAGUUGGUACUUAUCGGCUGACAUGCAAAUCUUCAUACUAGCUAUGGUGGUACUGUUCAUAAUACACAAAUAUCCAGAUAGAGUACUGCAUAUAUUUGGUGUUGUUUUGGGAAUCGGUCUUAUUGUACCUGGAAUCGUGGCCUAUAUUAGGAAAUACGAUAUUUUAUACAGACAAUACCCUGAGUAUUUAUACAUGUUGGACAGCAUAAAAAUAGACGUUUAUGUGGUAAUGUUAGAUGCAACCUACACAAAUCUUUUUGGCUUUUCCGUUGGAAUGCUUUGUGGAUAUUUCUUUGUACAAUACAAGGAUAAAGAUAUGACAAAAAAUAAGGUAGUUGUCGCCCUCUGGUGGAUUUUAUCAUUUACAAUGGCCCUAUCGGUGAUGUUCGUCGCCUAUAUCUUCUACGACCCAUAUUAUCAAUAUACUGCCUUCCAAAGCGCUAUAUAUUGGUCUCUCGGUAAAUGUCUCUAUUCCAUAGCUAUGGCCAUGAUGAUUUUUGCCCUGUCUCAAGGCUCCGGAUGGGCUAUUCGCUGGUGUUUUGAGAGAGAUAUAGUACAAAUCUUAGGUCGGAUUACGUUUAGCUGUUAUUUGAUUCACAUAAUAUUUAUCAGAAUGGAAAUGGGAUAUCGACGAUGGCCCUCAUCAUUAAACGACACAAUGAGCUUUAUAGCAGUACUGGGUGAUUUAACCUGCGCGUAUCUAGCUGGUUUAGUUCUAUGCCUAUUAGUGGAAAUGCCAGUCUCAGCCUUGCAAAAGUUAUUCUUCAAGGGCAUUAAGGAGUCUAACGAAUCGUCGAUCACUGACAAACCACCUGCGUCUGUUAAUUUCACGAAUCACAGUUAUGUUGAAACGGAAAAUACAAAAGUUUAGAAAAAUUACAUGUAUUAUAAGACUAAUGGAAUAUUUUAAUUUAUGUGUUAUUUUAAGUUUUUUUUAUAAAAUUGUUAAUUAUUGAUAUUGAAGCAGAAAUAAAUUAUGUGAUUAAUA